UUUUGCAAUCCAAACCGCCGGCAUAACACGGACCGGUCUAAAUCCAUCCUAACUCGGGCAUUGACCCAAUUAGAUCAACCAAUUCGACCGGUUUCUACAGUUUGGGAAAAAAUGGUGGAAAGAUUUUUCCACACGCGCAUUAAAGCUUCCCAGAUUCCGGUUGAAUCCAGCAAGAUAUCCCUUCUCUCCGGCCCGCUUUCAUCUGGUAAGACCUCGCUGCUUUUCCAAUUUGCGCUCAACUCGACGGCGGGAAACGUCAGCGCGGUGGUUUUCCUGUGCAGCAGGCGCCGGCUGGAACAAAAUCCUCCUUUCCUCUCGCAGGGUGUUGAUCCAUCUUCGGAGAUAUUUGGACGGGUUCAAAUGAAGUAUGUGGAUGAUUAUGAAGGGAUCAAGAAAUUUUUUGCUGCAUUCCACUUGCUGGAUACAUUCCCCGUUUCAGUUGUUAUCGAUGAUUUUGCUGAUUUUUUCGAUGAAAGAAAAUGCCAAGAAAGAUACAAGAAUCCAAGAGGAAGAGAAAUGGCCAUGGUGCGAGUCUUGUCGCUUUGCCGGAAUGCAAUUGAUCAUGCCAAUAAAAGGGGUCGUUGCGAAGUUGUGUUGUCAGACACUCACAAGGGCGAAAUCCCGAGGCUGCUCUAUAUCUACAAGAAGUGGGUUAACUGCAUUUACACUGUCAAAGUCGAAGGUGAUGGUUCUGGAUCAUUUAUCCUUCAGGAGCUCUAUCCAGAUACUGCAAAUUCCAAAAAAAAAUUCGCUAAGUACUCCAUUGCACUUCAACAUCUGGAACUUGAGGAUCUUGUUGAAGGAGCUGAAUGUUAAAUCUAAACUCCCCACUAAAUCGUCUUUGCUGUCGCUUGAUUGGAUGUUUUGUGCGAGAUAUUGUUUUGUUAUUUGUGGCUUAUUUUGUUAUCAAGUAUAUUCGAUAGGAGUGCACUAGCUAAGUGUGUGUAUUUUCCCUGAUGUUGCCAAGGGAGACAGGUUUGAGAUGUAAAUGGAAUUUUGUAUUCUCAUGCGAAAUGAUGUUUGUUUAUAUUACGAUUAUCGAUCUUUCGAUGAGGGCUUAUUGAUUAUAUAUAUUUACUUACCCAUACUAUGAAGACACGCGUUUAUACUGUAUAGGGAUUUUUUCAUUGGGGAUCUUGAGAUCUAUUUGCAUUCUUUACAUUGCAACACGAAAUACUUUGUCUUUCAGAUGGUUUGCCAGUGGUCUCUUUC